UCCAAUCAGAGAGAGAAAAAGGAAGGCGUGGUGAGGGGAAAUGGAAAGAAACCGGCCCCAGUGCGCAUGUGUGCGGAUGUGCUUUGGCCCUCCAGGUAAAGAUGGCGGAGCGCGGUUACAGCUUUUCGCUGACUACAUUCAGCCCGUCUGGUAAACUUGUCCAGAUUGAAUAUGCUUUGGCUGCUGUAGCUGGAGGAGCCCCUUCAGUGGGAAUUAAAGCUGCAAAUGGUGUGGUAUUAGCAACUGAGAAGAAACAGAAAUCCAUUCUGUAUGACGAGCGAAGUGUACACAAAGUGGAACCAAUUACCAAGCAUAUAGGCCUGGUGUAUAGUGGCAUGGGCCCAGACUACAGAGUGCUCGUGCACAGAGCUCGAAAACUAGCUCAGCAAUACUAUCUCGUUUACCAAGAACCCAUUCCCACAGCGCAGCUGGUACAGAGAGUAGCUUCAGUGAUGCAAGAAUACACUCAGUCAGGUGGUGUUCGUCCAUUUGGAGUUUCCCUACUAAUUUGUGGUUGGAAUGAGGGGCGACCAUAUUUAUUUCAGUCUGAUCCAUCUGGAGCUUACUUUGCCUGGAAAGCUACAGCAAUGGGAAAGAACUAUGUGAAUGGGAAGACUUUCCUCGAGAAAAGAUAUAAUGAAGACCUGGAACUUGAAGAUGCCAUUCAUACAGCCAUAUUAACCCUAAAGGAAAGCUUUGAAGGGCAAAUGACAGAAGACAACAUAGAGGUUGGAAUCUGCAAUGAAGCCGGAUUCAGGAGGCUCACUCCGACUGAAGUUAAGGAUUACUUGGCGGCCAUAGCAUAAUAACUAAGUGACUGAAAAAUCCGGAAUUUCAGAUAAUCCCUCUACUUAAACAUGUUUAAAGUAUGUUUUGUUUUGCAGACUUUUUGCAUACUUAUUUCUACAUGGUUUAAUGGACUGAUGUUUUUAAAAUGACACUUAUAAAUCAUAAUAAACUGUUAAAUCCAACUUC